AUGAUAGGAAGAGCCGGAAUCGAAGGAUCAAAAAGUAACGUCGCUAUGAACGCUUGGCUGCCACAAGCCAGUUAUCCCUGUGGAUCAAUAGGCCACGCUUUCACGGUUCGUAUUCAUACUGGAAAUCAGAAUCAAACGAGCUUUUACCCUUUUGUUCUAUACGAGACUUCUGUUCUCAUUGAGCUCAUCUUAGGACACCUGCAUUAUCUUUUAACAGAUGUGCUGCCCCAACCUAACUCCCCACCUGACAAUGUCUUCUGCCCAGAUCGGCCGGCCGAAGCUGACCUUGUGUCCAAAAAGAGGGUUCAUGACGAGGCAUUUGGCUACCUUAUGAGAGUCAUAGUUACUCUCGGCGUUUACCGCUUGGUUAAAUUUCUUCACUUUGACAUUGAGAGCUUCGCGUAG